CAAAUCCAUCGCGACUAUAUAUACCUCCAUCCUCAAAAGCUAGGGUAUAAAAAGCCCCAAAUUCUCUCCGCCCAAAAUUCUUCCCUCGGACAAACGUUAAACCAAAACAAGCACAAAUAAUCGCAACUACGUCGCCACCGAUCGAUCUCAGGAAAUGGCGACGUUUGAGCUAUACAGAAGGUCAACGAUCGGCAUGUGCUUGACGGAGACUCUGGAUGAGAUGGUUCAGAGCGGUACUCUCAGCCCGGAGCUAGCAAUCCAGGUUCUUGUCCAGUUUGAUAAGUCUAUGACUGAAGCCUUGGAAAGUCAAGUUAAGAGCAAAGUUUCCAUCAAGGGACAUUUGCACACCUACAGGUUCUGCGAUAAUGUUUGGACUUUCAUUCUACAGGAUGCAUUGUUUAAGAAUGAAGAUUCUCAGGAGAAUGUUGGAAGGGUUAAAAUAGUGGCUUGUGACUCGAAGCUACUCACGCAAUGAAAUUUUAGAAAUCCAUUUCUCUUGUGAUAGUAGAGGGUGGAUGGCUGCAAGGAAAACCCAGAGUUUUAGCUACCAUGGAAGAUUGAACGUUAGUUGUAUAGCCAUCAGCCUUCAUAACUAUUGUUAUUUUGGUGAUACAUUUGAUGAUGGUGCAUGCCGUAUCCCCUGAUGUAUCUUCUUUGUUUAUUUCAUUCCUUGUCUCGAGAAAGUGAACCCAAUUUAGUGAUAAAAUCAUGAAAACCACGAGUUGUACAAUGGUGGUAUGCACAUUCUUACUUAUUAAUCGUUGCAUGCACAUCCUUAUAUUUC